AUGAAGAUCCACUCCCUUUCCUUCCUAUCACUUUGUAUAAGCUCCGUAGGUGCCCUGCGGGAUAAUUCGAGCACAGGUCUCCUCUCCACUGGUGAUGUCUUCCUCGGUGAUUGGCAGUCGGCUUAUGAAAAGGCCGUUAAUUUUGUGUCCAAGUUGAACACCACAGAGAAAAUUAAAUUGAUCACAGGAAGUGGUGCCGAAACCACGGAUGGCUCGUCUUUCACUGCCCUUGAAUUUCUAGAUGGAGAUAUGGGCCUGCAAGACUAUUACUAUGCUUCUGCCUUCAGCCUGGCAUCAGCAAUUGGCAUGACAUGGGAUAAAGUGGCCAUGUAUGAACAAGCUAAAGCGGUUGGUACCGAGUUCUAUGGCAAGGGUAUCCAGGUCGUCGAUGGUCCAACAUCUCAGCCUCUGGGACGGACACCUUGGGGCGGACGUUUGGUCGAGACGAUGGGAGCCGAUCCGUACUUGAAUGGAAUUGCUACGGGAUUGACAGCCAGAGCAUACAAAGAUGUUGGAGUCAUUGCUGGUAUCAAACAUUUCAUUUUGAACGAGCAAGAGACGAACCGUGCUGCGAUGGGCCAAGAUACCUCUGGGGUUGCUCCCUAUUCCUCCAACGUGGAUUCCAAAACCUUCCAUGAGACAUAUCUCUGGUCUUUCUACGAUGGUGUACACUCGGGUGCUGGUGGUGUCAUGUGCGCAAUGACCAAAGUCAAUGGGACUCUCUCGUGCGAGUCUUCAUCGCUUCUGCUGGAAACUCUCAAGACCGAACUCGGAUUCCCGGGUCUGGUCUUCCCAGACACAAAUGGCCAGGAACAUGCCCUCGCUUCCGCAGUCAACGGGCUUGACUAUGGUUCAUCUAUGCUGUGGUCUAGCUCCAACAUCAAGGACUUCCUUGAGAACAAGACAAUGUCUGAAGCCCGUCUGACCGACAUGGCAGUUCGCAACCUAAUGGGAUACUACCAUGUCGGCCUUGACAGCGGAAAACAACCUUACACCGCAGACACAGGCGCCUACGUUGAUGUUCGAGCCAAUCACUCCAAGCUCAUUCGCGCCUACGGUUCCAAGUCCAUGGUUCUUCUUAAAAAUACAGACAAUGCGCUCCCGCUCAAGAAACCCCACAAGAUGGCCAUCUUCGGAUCUCACGCACGCGCUGCGAUUGCCGGCCCUAAUAUGGCUUUUAGUGUUAUGGGAUCUGGACCAACCUACGAUGGACACCUUGCGUCAGGCUCCGGAUCUGGCCAAGGAUCUUUGCCAUACCUAAUUACGCCCGAACUUGCACUGACACUCAGGGCUAGCCAAGACGGAACCAUGCUUCGCUGGGUUGCAAACGACACUUAUUCCUCUUCGGGUGGUUCUACCCUGGUCAUGCAAGGCUCCGACAGUACUGCCAUCACCCCAUCAAUUAGCAACUACGCAGAGAACAUGGAUGUCUGUCUGGUGUUCAUUAAUGCACUGGCUGGUGAGGGUGCAGACCGCACUGAACUUUCCAACUCCGACCAAGACAGCCUCGUGAAGGAGGUCGCAGAGAACUGCGAAAACACUGUCGUCGUGAUCAACACUGUCGGAGCACGCAUUGUUGACGAGUGGAUCGAGCACGAUAAUGUUACUGCAGUGCUGUACGGCAGUCUUCUAGGUGAACAAUCAGGCUACUCGAUUGUCGAUGUUCUCUACGGAGAUGUCAACCCCAGUGGUCGACUGACUUACACGAUCGCCAAGAACGAGUCAGACUACAACGUGGGAAUCUGCUACACCGCGAACUGCAAUUUCACUGAAGGCAACCACAUUGACUACCGCUACUUCGACGCCUACAAUGUGACGCCACGCUACGAAUUCGGCUACGGUCUGUCAUACACCAACUUCACCUACUCGGCUCUCAACAUCGAUUCGCCGUCGCCACUCUCGUACUACCCUACCGGCAAGCUUGCCGUUGGAGGCUACGAGGAUCUCUGGGAUACAGUCGCGAAUGUGUCCGUCGUGAUUAGGAAUACCGGUACUGUCAGCGGCGUAGAGGUGCCUCAGCUGUAUGUCAAAUACCCCAGAUCUGCAAAGCAGCCUGUUCGCCAACUGCGUGGAUUCGAGAAUGUCAACAUUGCUGCGGGCAAGCAGGCGCAGGUGGAAUUUGGGCUACGCCGGCGAGAUAUCUCACACUGGGACGUGAAGGCUCAGAAAUGGGCAGUUGCACCCGGUACAUACGGGAUUUAUAUUGGAGCCAGCUCACGAGAUCUGAGAUUACAUGGAAGCUUUGAUGUUGAAACAGAAGCUUGA